AUGAGGGCCACAUUGCGACUGCUGGCUAAUGUCAAGCCAGGCCGGUAUCUUGAGCCAUUUGCCCCAACAGGCCUUACCGGUCUCGCUACCCACCCCAAUCCGCGACCGACUCUUAUCUACCUCUAUCAAUCGACGUUGGAAAGACUGAAAGAUAUCCCUGAAUCCUCCGUAUAUCGCAAAUCAACAGAAGCACUUACGCGUCACCGUCUAAAUAUUGUCGAGUCGGUAAAACCUCCUGGUUUUGGAUCCUGGCUGGAGAGAGUCAAGGCUGCCGUGGCAGAGAAUCCUGAUGGCUAUAAAUCAGCUUUGAGACCAGAUGGAACCUACGCUGCAUAUCAACAAAAGGAAAAGCCGAAGGAAGAUUUAAGUUGGUCGGGGGAACCAUUUAACCCCCAAAUUGAAGGUGCAUAUCUCAAUGAGCAAGAAAUGGAAGCUCGGAUAGCAGAGGCCCAGGAAGAAGCAAACAAACAGUUAGAACCAAAGUUGGAAUGGGAACAGGAGCCCGCUCUUGAAGCAUCGCAGAUCUCCGAUAUCGAACAACAAAUUGGGAGCGGAUUGAUUGAAGAGGUCAUUCAAACCGCUCAAGCAGAAUUAAAUCUCGUUGACGAAAUGACUAAAGCCAAGGUUUGGGAGGACCUUGAGCAAAAGCCAAAGCCAGGCCAAUGGGUCUACUUUGAAAGAGGGCCUUCGAAGUCAUGA